AAGUAUUUCAGUGUAUAACGAGUUUAAUGUAGCGUAAUCUUAUCAGAACCACGAGGACGCCGCGCAGUGCUGAGCUUCCAGCGCCUUCAAGUAUUUCUACCCUCAUGCUGCUCCGUUCCGCCGCUAAAACUCCGCCAGCGAUCGACUCACUCAGUGGCAGGGCAUCCAGGAUUUCCACUUGUCACUCCACGAUACCCACAACUAAGUGCAUCCCCCUCAGCUAAAAUGUCCAAGUUGGACCAGGUCCUAAUCCUCGACCCUGCCUCCGACCUCAGAUUUAAAGGUCCUUUCACAGAUGUAGUCACCGCUAACCUCAAACUGAAGAACCCUUCUGACAGAAGAGUAUGUUUCAAAGUGAAGACGACAGCACCUCGCAGGUACUGCGUACGGCCAAACAGCGGAGUCAUCGAUCCAGGUGCAACGGUCAUCAUCUCUGUUAUGCUACAACCCUUUGACUAUGACCCCAAUGAAAAAAGUAAACACAAAUUUAUGGUGCAGACGAUUUUCGCCCCAUCAAACGUUUCCGACAAUGACUCCUUGUGGAAAGAUGCAAAACCCGAAGAUCUCAUGGAUUCCAAGCUGAGAUGUGUCUUCGAGAUGCCUUCUGAAAACGAAGUGAAUGACGUGGAAGUGACAAGAGCAGCCCCGGUGAUGAACUCUAUGAAGGUCGAGCCAACGGUUCCAGCUGCUGCAGCAGACGACACAGAGAUGAAGAAGCUACUGGAGAAGUGCAAGAGGCUCCAGUCGGAGAUAAACAAGCUCAACGACGAGAACAGGCAAUUGAAGGAGGAGGGAACAAGGAUGAGAAAGAUGCCUCCUCGCUCAGACCACAGGACAUCAAACUCAACCAACGUUGUCGGCCGAGAAACCAGCACCGCCUUCCUGCCCUCCCUCCUUGUCGUCAUAGCAGCCAUCUUCAUUGGAUUUUUCUUCGGAAAGUUCAUCUUGUAGACUGGCAUCACGUAUGCCGGCCAUAUUCCUCCGCUCCAGCUCCAAAAAGAAAAAAGAAAAAAAUAGGCCUGGAAGAGCAAGAAGUCUUUCUGUCGACUUUGCUAUAUCAUUGGUUGUGUGGCCUACAGUGAACACAUCUGUACAGCAUCAUCCAAAGGCGUCGUCUUUUUACAAUGUCGCACACUUACUGAGCCCAGAGAGUCCACUAAAGAAGGUUUAAAAAACAAAAAAAGUGAUUUCUCCCUUUCUUGUUCUCAGUUUAUGAUUAAUUGGUUUACAGGUAAUUUGAUGGGACAAUGGAAAGAUGUUUACCAUCAGGCAACAUGGAUCAUGGAAGAAGGAGGGAACCAUUGAGAAGAAGCAGUGCAGUUUUUGUUCCUUUUCUCUGUGCUUUAAUAGGAAUUGAAUGGAUGCUAGGCGUCUUGUAAAUGUCAUUUAAAAUCCUUUCAAACAGAAACAUGGAGAGAAAGUUCCUUGAAACAGACUCGUUGCUGGAUUGCUUCUGAAGUUAAUUUGUUUGUAAUUUCUACUUCUUUCUGUUGGAAUGUUCAGAUCCAGGUGGGGAAAUGGGAGCCUCGUUAUGUGCAUUUGUCCUGUCAUUUUCCUCACAAUUAUUAUUAUUAUUAAUAAACAUUAUUCAACACAUUUAUUCCUUCCGAGGCAAGUAUUGACUGAAAGGAGGUAAUAUUCUGUCCCAUGGUAUUAAUCAUUGACAAAAUAAAAUUGGAAAAAUGUGGUUUUCAUA